UCGUGACGCAGUCACGCACUGAAAACGCCUCAACCCGGCCACUGCACGCUUCACAGAGACACAAACGACAAGCAUCAUCGGCCCAGAGAGAGGAAUUUAAUCACGCUCCGCUUCCUUCUGAUAUAUCACCUAGCAUAAAACGGAAUGAAGGCAAUGUUUCUCCAGCUUAGCCGUGUGAUCCGUGCUGCACCCGCUCUCCGCUGUGGCAUCCAUUCUGGGACAUGUCCCGCCUCAGCUGCUGCCGCCAAAAAGAGGGCUGAGUGCCUACUGACUUCAGAGGAAAUCUACGCUCGUGAGGACAAGUAUGGAGCACACAACUACCAUCCCCUGCCUGUGGCCUUGGAGAGAGGGGAAGGCAUCAACGUGUGGGAUGUGGAGGGGAACCGUUAUUAUGACUUCCUCAGUGCAUACAGUGCUGUAAACCAGGGCCACUGCCAUCCCAAGAUCAUAGCUGCACUCACUUCCCAAGCAUCUAAGCUUGCCCUGACUUCCAGAGCAUUUUAUAAUGAUGUACUGGGAGCCUAUGAGGAGUACAUCACCAACAUGUUUGGCUAUGAUAAAGUUUUGCCCAUGAAUACAGGUGUUGAAGGUGGUGAGACUGCCUGCAAGCUCGCACGCAAGUGGGCCUACAAUGUAAAGGGGGUUCCUAAAAACAAGGCGAAAAUAAUUUUUGCAAAUGGAAACUUCUGGGGCCGCACCUUGGCAGCCAUUUCCAGCUCCACUGAUCCCAGUAGUUACGAGGGUUUUGGUCCCUACAUGCCAGGAUUUGAACUGGUCCCGUUCAAUGACAUUCCUGCACUGGAGAAAGCCCUUCAAGACCAAAAUGUUGCAGCUUUCAUGGUGGAGCCCAUCCAAGGGGAAGCUGGUGUGGUGGUGCCUGACCAGGGCUACCUGACUAAAGUCAGAGAACUUUGCACAAAAUACAAUGUGUUGUGGAUUGCGGAUGAGGUCCAGACAGGUUUGGCACGUACUGGCCGACGGUUGGCUGUGGACCACGAAGAAGUUCGUCCAGAUAUUGUUAUUCUGGGCAAAGCUCUUUCCGGAGGUGUUUAUCCAGUAUCUGCUGUACUAUGUGAUGACGAGAUAAUGUUGACCAUUAAGCCUGGUGAGCACGGGUCCACAUAUGGAGGUAACCCAGUGGCUUGUCGGGUGGCUAUGGCUGCACUAGAGGUGUUGGAGGAGGAGAAGCUGGCAGAGAAUGCCCAGAGGAUGGGGGAGAAGCUGCGGGCUGAGCUGAGCAAGCUGCCCAAAGACAUUGUGGCAACAGUGAGAGGGAAAGGCCUCCUCAAUGCAGUCGUCAUCAAAGAGACCAGAGACUACGAUGCAUGGAGAGUGUGCUUGCGUCUUCGGGACAAUGGGCUGCUGGCCAAACCCACCCAUGGUGACAUCAUCCGCCUGGCUCCUCCCCUCAUCAUCAAGGAGCAUGAGCUCGAAGAUUGCAUUGAUAUCAUCCAAAGAACCAUUAUGUCUUUCUAAAUGGUAACAACUGAAGAACACAUUGACAUUCUUCAAACUGCUAAUCCGCAUUAGCAGAAGCUGUGGUUGGUCAAAAAGUAGCUGAUUUACUUUGAUUUUUCAUUGUUUUUGCAGAGGCAGAAUUUCCUUGGUAGUCAUUCCUGUAGAAAUACAGUACAAUAGUGCUGUAUAUGUAGUGUUUGUUUCUUUGAGGUCAGUGAUAUUGUACAGAGAAACGGCUGGAAAGAAAGUGUCAGACUGCCUCAGGAAAGACUGCAAAAAUUAGAGAAGUGAAGGUGUUUUUUUUUUUUUUCCUUAUUUUACUUUUACACUCAGUAAGCGAGUAAAUAAGUUUACUUUCAAAUAAUUUAUUUUUCAAGAAGGAAAAGGUCAAAAGUUAGAGUUUUCCAUUUAAGAAGCAUCACAUCAAACAUUUACAAGGCUGGCAGAGCACCAUCUCGUGAAAUCCUUUCAGAUUACAAGAUUACAUUAUAACUUUUAGUCUGGUGUUAGGUGUUUUAUUAGAAUGCAGGAAAUCUGAAAAUCUUCUUGCUAAACAUCUUUGUCCUUAAAUAUAACAUCAAAACAAAACCAACAUUUUUGACAAGGGUACACAAAUUAUUGUGUGUUGCUGGAAGAAAUGAUCUCAGAUGAUUGCAAUAAUUGAACUUCUAAAAUGUGAUCAAGAGGUCUUUACACUUCAUACUGAAGGAUCUGGCAUAUUGAUUUAUAUAACAUCACGUUGUAUAAGCACUACUGAAGGUUGGGAGGGCUUGUGCUGCUAGCUACACCUAGUUUGGUGUAAAAUAUUUACUGUAUUUAUGUACUACAUUUUUACAGUAUGUAAAGAUUGUCAUCAUAAGGCAAUUGCACCUUUAUGUUGUUGAAUCAGUUUUUCUCUAAAUAAAUUAGUUCACACCUUU